UCCACAGGAAAAUGCGCGAGACAUAUUUCUUCAAUGUUUUCACCCCGUUUAAUCAGGAUAAAUUCUUCAUAUAAUUGUGGUGCCUCUGCGAGAGUGUACGGAAUAAGGUUUUGUAGCAAUUUCAAGUCCAAAUCGGCAUCAUAUGGUGGUCAGGAAGAGACAGAAAAUGUGAACAAAAUUGAGCAGCAAGAAGAAACGCCGAAAUGGAAGUUAACGAGGCAACAUUUUGCGAAACGGUACGCCAUGGAGGGCAAAGCUUCAGGAGUUGACCCGAGCAUUAUGUGGCCAACUCGGUCUGAGCUUGAGAACAUUAUCAAGGAUGAAGAAGAAUGGAAUCCUUCUCUGCAACAAAUGCAGUUAGAAAUUGCUGAAGAACAACAUGCUAAAGAUCAGAAAAGAAAGAAACGGGAAGCGUUGAUUGCAGCUAACAUGAAAAAGAUGCCUCAAAUGAUUGAGGAGUAUUACAAAAAGCUGGCUCAGAAACAAGUAGUGCUCGAUGAGCAGACAGCCAAGCGCAAUCGUCUCCUUGAAGAAGCCAAGGACAAACUCGGAUACGCCAUUGAUCCAAGAAGCAGCCGCUUCCAGAAGAUGGUUCUAGAAAUUGAGAAAGAAGAAAAGAAAAGGAAGAAAGACCUAAAGAAGAAAGGAAUCCGUAUGUAGGGAGGAGAAAAAUGUCAGAACGAUGAAAGACUUGAUGUACAUGUGUGGUGUAUCUUUAAUAUCUUGCAGCUCAGACUUUACUUGUGAAACCUGGAUUGUAUGGCAGAUUGUGAAGUCAAGAUGAUGUGAAGUAAAAGGAACUUCUUGCUAAACUUCUCCCUAUCCACACACUUUAAUGAUUACAAGAACCAGGCAUGGAAUUUCACGGAGGUCAUGGCCUCCAUUGCCUUGGUCAUGCUUGACCUUAGUGCCCCUUCAAAAACAAGUUGUUGUUAAGUAGUGGGAUGAAAAGACACAAACACUUGCAUUAUUCAUGAUUGCAGUUACCGGUAUAUAAAGAUUACAAAUUUAACAGUUGUGAUAUGAGUGGACAAAGCACUUGCCUCUCACCAAGGUGACCCCGGUUCGACUCCCGGUCGGGGCCAUAUGUGAGUUGAGUUGUGCUUUGGUUCU